ACUUUGGUAGCUUUGCAGCCAAAGCUUCCAAAGAGGCAUGUCGAGCUGCCUGCAACCUUGCCUGCAUGGCUGCCUGGUGUUUGCGGCCAAGUAUUUGCUGCCCGAGCCAGAGGGCUUGGGCUAUGCGCCUGACGACUCUCUCUGCGCCGACAGAGGUGCUGGUGUGUCUUAUCAGGAACAAGCCCUGGAAGUGCAUUGCGAACGAAGGAGAAUAGAGCAGUUUAUGCUCACUGGACGCGGCCCAACCGUGUGGGAUGAGUACAAUGAUUUCCCCGUCGUGGUGCAGUUCAACAGACUGCCUUGGGCAGAAUGGGCGGUUCCGGCUCCAAAACGGAGCUGUAUGAAGGGCGGCCGAAAGACGGCCAUGUCGAAGCAUGCCAAGACGGCGGCUUCGCUGCCGUGCGGGUCUUCUUCUGAUGCAAGCCCACUGCUGCCAUUUCCGCAGCAGGCGCCGGGGGAGGGCUCGUGGAUGAGCCGACUGCCCCCGACCGGUGCCGCAUUUGAAAUCGGCAAGGAGAGGGAGGAGCCGGUACUUCUUGGCCGAAGAGUGAUCACUCAUUUGAAGGUUGGCGACGACGAAGCGGCGCCAAAGCAAGCGGCGGUGCCGGCAGAGGUGCCACGGCACCUCAACCGGGCGGAGCUGGUUGACUGGCUCCACGAGGCCGUCGCGCGACGCGACUAGCGCCCGGACGUAGAACAUACGUAAUGAAAGAGUUG